CCACGCUGUUGCUAAGCAACCGAGUAAUCAGAGUAACCAAGGACACCGGCGCUGCUUCACGACAAUGCAGAAGGGCCGCAGUUCCAGAGCAGACGGCAGGAAGCAGGCCGUGAUGGCUGGAGCGCUUCAGGAUCACAUCAUCCGGAGCGUUACACACCUUCAGCGUCCCAACCUUCCCUCACCUUCCACACGCCUCACACACACACACACACAAACACAAACACGCCGUGAGGAUGAGCAGGAGUUUGUGCUGGACUCGCCUCAGCCUCCGCUCACACUCGCUCAGAAGCUGGGUUUAGUAGCAGCUCCCAGCAGCAGAAGGCUGACUGUAGACCAGUGGACGGAGGUGAAAUCUCGCUCCCUACUGAACGGAGACUCCACUCAGCCCUGCAUCAUCUGCACCGAGGAGUUCCGCCUCCAGCCGCAGGUUUUGCUUUCCUGUUCUCACGUCUUUCACAAAGCGUGUUUGAGGAAGUUUGAGCGCUUUUCGGGCAGGAAGUGUUGUCCGCUGUGCAGGACGGAGCAGUAUGAGACCCGAGUGAUACAUGACGGGGCGAGACUCUACAGAGAGAAGUGUGCUCUCAGAAUUCAGGCCUGGUGGCGAGGCUGCGUCGCCCGAAAGUGGUACAGAGGCGUGAGGAAAGUCGUGCCACCGAAUGACCCGCAAUUACGGCGCAGAUUCUUCGAAGAGAAGUUUCAGGAGAUGAACGAGAGCCUGGUGCAGUCGUGCAGCAGCGACGUCGACUCGUUCCUGCGUGAAAUCGACCGGAGCGUCGCCCAGAGCCGAGACGUCUUCCACCUCUUCGACCGUCUACAGAGCAGCGCCAGAGGAGUGGAGGAAGAGGUGUGGAUGAAGGCUCAGGAGAAGGCGGUCCAGCGGGACACUCGCGACUGUCCGAUCUGUCUGACUCCUCUGAGAAGCGCACACUCGUCCGCUCCGGUCGUCCUGCUUUCCUGCUCCCAUCUGUUCCAUCAGUCCUGCCUGAGAGCGUCUGAGGACUUCCACCAGGAGGGCGGAGCCACCUGCCCCCUCUGCCGCUGUCACUACGUCUCUGUGCCUGUUUACGACUUCGCCCGUUACCAUACCACAUAAGAAAAGAUGACAUCGGCGCUCGCUGUAGAGCCGUUUCUGCAUUACAUCAGCUUGGAUUAUGCAAAGCAGAGAGACGUUGCAAGGUCACUGCGCAUCUGGACAACAAGGAAAUGCAGGAAACGAGCCAAGAGCAAAACACACACACACACACACACACACACACACACACACAAGGACCUUUAAAACACGACUGUGUACGGUAUAGAGAAAGUUUGGGCGUUUUAUGAUGAUUAGCUUUUGUAUAGAGGUACUUUGUGAAAAGUCUCCAUAUUUUGCAACCUUCCUUCAAAGGCAGGUUCAUGGAUUCAUGAUGUUGACACCAAAUUCUGACCCCACCAUCUGCAACCUGUCAGAAAUCGACAGGAAUCUAAGGCUACAGCGGGAAUCUGGACAGGCGCCUGGUCUGAUCUGAUGAAUCUUGAUUUUCGGUGGCUCAGGCUGGUGGAGGUGGUGUGGUGGUGUGGGGAAUCUGUUCUUAGCACCCAUCAGCCACCUUAAUGACCAAUCUAGCAUUGUUUCAACACAACCACCUGUCUGAGUAUUGCUGCCUCAGAUAAGGAUAAAGCAACACCAAGUAGAACUCGAUACCGACAGCGUCGACGGGAAUGUCUGAUGUCUUUUGUUACUGAUUUGUAUUCCAGAAAUUCUCUUAAACUCCACUUCAAAUUUGAAGGAAGUUAUUGAAGAAAACCUAUUUCAGAUGUUUGACCUUGCUGUGACCUUGACCCUGUUUGAAAAAUUCCAAAACCUAUUUCAUUUGUGCUUUCACUCAUUACUCCAUCACAAACCCCGCCCCCUUGUGUGAGGAACCUCUUACUGCCCUGACGGUGCCGUCCUCUGAAGUUCACGCGUAUGGGUUCAGAGGUGGUGAGUGUGAGAAAACAGCUUUUUUUAAUAUCAUUUUUUUUAAUAUCAUUUCACAACAAGAAGUUUGUUUAGCUUAAAGAACUGAAGAGUUAACGUAUAAUUUAAAAAAAAAAAAAAAAAAAAGUUCCCGAGUGGUGAUUACAACAUUGUGGUGCGUUCACUUCGAUAUUUCCGACAGGACUUGAACGCAGCAUGAUGAACCGUGAACACUCAGGGAUUUCAGAAGUUUGUUUCAAAAGCCGUUACGAAGAAACAGAAGACGGGGAAAAAGAAGAGUCGCCACGUUUUUCACGAAAAACUGUAGUUUAAUAAGCACUAGUUAAGCAAACUUCUUUCAACCCAUAAACCCGAGGCUUGUGAUAUUUUUUACUGUACCUCUUUGUACAGUAAAAAAAAUAAAUAAAUAAAAAAUACACACACACAAUAUAUAUACAUAUAUUAGUCAUCCACCUAAUUUUGUGUCAUCACUGACAGAUAAACCUCAUAAGGAUAAAAUGUUGUUUUACAGAUACGUUUUGUUCCCGCAGAACCCACGACGAGGACUGCUCACAAAACAUGAAAGACUGCGCAAUAAAUGUAAACAAAAACACACCUCUCUGUUUCUUUCUACCUGCAGCACCUGCCCUGAAAAAAAAAAAAACCUUCCUGAUAAGCUUCAUUCUCCCUCCAAGCCUGAAUGCUAUUUUUCCCAGAAUGCCGUGGGCUCAGGCAUUCCUCAUCAUCACGGAGCUUUUGUAGCGCUGCACAUCAAACGUGAGAUUGAAAUAAAAUAGAAUAUUUUAUCGGGCUUUCAAAGCGGCCGAGAGCGGACGGUUAGAUGCGUGUGCAUUGAGGAGCAGCGGUGAGGACUAAUCAGCUGCCAUCUCAUCAGUGCGCUAACUCGCUCGCUUGCGUGCUUCACUGGACGCUAAAAACCUGAAGAGAAUGACUUUAUCUACACGUAAAGCAAAAUAACUGUAUGCGCGCGUGUGUGUGUGGGUGUGUGUGUGUGUUUGAACGUGUCGGGGUACAAAAACACUCCAGUGUAACACACUGUGUUGCAUUUCUCUGAAACUCUCCAAAAUGCCACGAAAUAUUUUGGAC